AUGGAAGAAGGAGCGAAUAAUUUGACGAAUCUUUCAGUUGCUUCAGUUGGAAGGUACCGCAUUGAAGUUUCCAUUGUUUUGGAGUGCCCUGUGAAGGAGAGAUGUUUGGAUCAGAGAGAAGCCUUUCCAGGGGAGCCUAGAUGUGUUAACUGCGGACGUUAUGGAGAAUAUAUCUGUGAUGAGACUGAUGAUGAUGUCUGCAGUGUUGAAUGCAAAAUAGCUAUUCUUGCUAGGAUUGCCAAUCGUCAUAAGCCAAAAGCGAACCUCUCUCAAUCUGUAGUUCGAGUACCCACCAAGGAUGAGUGUUUUUAUGUUAGAGAUGACAAUAGCUUUGGAUCACAAAGUUUAACAUUCAAUCAGAUUGAAACCUUGAGAAAUAAAAUUGGUAUCUCUGUUAAGGGUGAUUCAGUUCCUGCUCCCAUCCUGUCUUUUUCUUCUUGUAAUUUACCCGAGAAGCUCGAGAAAAAUCUAGAAGCUGCUGGUUAUGAAAUACCUACUCCGGUUCAGAUGCAGACCAUACCUGCUGCAUUGGGUAGCAAGAAUUUGCUAGUUUCUGCAGACACCGGUUCUGGUAAAACUGCUGCAUUUCUAAUUCCUGUAGUUUCUCACUGUGUAUAUUUCCGCCAACAGAACCAUGUAGACCCAAAGAAGCCUUUAGUGAUUGUUCUUACACCCACCAGAGAGUUGUGUGCACAGGUAGAGGAGGCAGCCAAAGUUAUUGGGAAGGGUCUACCUUUUAAAACUGCCCUUGUGGUUGGUGGAGAUGCGAUUGCUUCUCAAGUCUACAGGAUUCAGAAGGGUGUGGAGUUGAUUGUUGGAACACCUGGAAGGCUCAUUGAUCUCCUAUAUAAGCAUGAGAUUGAGCUUGAUGAUGUUUCUAUCUUUGUUCUGGACGAGGUGGACUGCAUGCUGCAACGAGGCUUUCGUGACCAGGUCAUGCAGAUCUUUCAAGCACUCUCACAUCCUCAACUUCUAAUGUUUUCAGCAACUAUUUCUAAGGAGGUGGAGAAGAUGGCAAGCUCAAUGGCUAAAGACUUGAUGUAUGUAUGGGCUGGGAAUCGAAGCAUACCCAGUAGUUCUGUUAAGCAAGUAGCCAUAUGGGUGGAGUCUAAACAUAAAAAGCAGAAACUUUUCGAGAUAUUGUUGAGCAAGCAACAUUUCAAGCCACCUGCAGUGGUGUUUGUGGCUUCAAGAUUAGGAGCUGAUCUUUUGUCUGAAGCAAUAACAGUUACCACUCGAUUGAAAGCUCUUUCUAUUCACGGGGAGAAAGGGAUGAAGGAGAGAAGGGAGAGUUUGAGGUUAUUUUUGUUGGGGGAGGUCCCUGUUAUUGUCUCCACUGGGGUUUUAGGCCGUGGGGUGGAUCUUCUAAAAGUGCGACAGGUGAUAAUUUUUGACAUGCCAAAUUCCAUGGAAGAGUAUGUCCAUCAGGUUGGUCGGGCAUCUAGAAUGGGAGUAGAGGGCAUGGCAAUUGUUUUUGUGAAUGAGGAGGAUAAGAAGCUUUUUAAGGAGCUCGUUCAGAAUCUCAAGUCUGUGGGAGCUGCUAUCCCAAGGGAGCUUGCAAAUUCACGUUAUUCAUCAAGCACAUGUGCAUUUUCUGGACGACAGAAGCGGAGGAAAUUUGGUUCUUCAGGAUGACACGAUCCAUGAUCAAAACAUUGAAAUUCUUUGUUGAUGGAGUUUUAAUUGUGCAUAAUAUGGCUCGUGAGAUAUUUGAUCAUGGUUCAUCUUAUGGUCACUGGGAAUAGCUGCAGAUAGGGUGGAAAGGACGUUUAAAUCUUUUUUCUUCGAAUGUGUGCUUCAAACAUGCAUGACAUGUUACCUGCCUCUUUGAUCAAGCAGGUUAGAAGAGCUUAUGGAAUCAGAGUUGCUGCCAACUUUGAAUGAAAUAAUAGUUUUGGGGAGCAUUUCAUUAUUCUGGACCAGUGCUGCUGACUAUUUUGCAGUGCAUGAGAGUUCAGUUCUGAAGUUUACUUCUUGUUUGUUUAACACCUACCAUUUUAGCUUUCGUGCACAUUCUCAAGGAGAUAAUCCCCUGAGCUCAGGCUGCAGCUUUGGCUUGCAUGAUAAAAUAUGAAUAGAAAACCCUGUUUUAUGUCCUACUGUCACGAGUGCUUCAGAGUAAGAUGUGGUUUUGCAGGGGAAAAAAAGAUUUGUUUGUCUGAACAUGUAUAUUUCUUAUUGUUAUUCUCUUUCUAAGUGUCUUAUAUCUA